CGGCGCGGAGCGAGUGGAGCAGCGCCCGCCGACUUCUCCCGAUCUCGGCUCGGGCUCAUCCUGGCGGGACCCCAUGACCUUCCCUGACAGGCCCUCACCAUGAGCGAGGACUCAUGCCGCACCCGCAGCCAGAAGCGAGCCCUGGAGCGGGAGUCGGAGCCGGAAAAUAAAAAACUCAGGAUGGACAAAGGAAUUCUGGGAUCCGACCUCAGCUCCGAGGGGGAAAUGAAAAUCAAAGCGGAUCCUGGGGCCGGGAAAAUCCCGGGAAUGCUGAAAAGUGGGGAAGUCAAAGCCACCAUCAAAGUGGAGCUGCCGGCCGGGGAUGAGCCCGUGGAUAUGAGCACAUCCAAAGGGGAUUCCCGCCGGGACCGGGACCGGGACCGGGACCGGGAUCGCCGCGUUCCCUCCCCGGAUGUGAUCGUGCUGUCGGACAACGAGCCCUCGAGCCCCCGCGUGAACGGAUUGUCCCGGAUCCCCCUCCCGGAGCCCGGAUCCGAGGCCCUGCUGCGGAGCCCGGAGCAGCGGGAGCGCCUGAUCAAGCAGCUGCAGGAGGAGCUGAGGCUGGAGGAGGCCAAGCUGGUGCUGCUGAAGAAACUGCGCCAGAGCCAGAGCCAGAAGGAGAGCCCGGCCCCCAAGCUUUCCUCGGCUCCCUCUGGAAGCGCUGCGGCCACGCCCCCGCCCUUGGUGCGGGGUCCUCAGGCUCUUCCCGCUGGGAAAACUUCCCUCCAGCCCUCCUCCAGCCGCAUUCCCGGCUCGGGGAUCCCCCCUCCUCUGCUCCGGGGGGGCCAGGCAGCCUCAGCCAAGCUGGGAUCGCAGCAGAGCCCCCAGAUCGUGAUGCCCCCCCUGGUCCGAGGGGCCCAGCAAAUCCACACGAUCCGGCAGCACUCGAGCACGGGCCCGCCGCCGCUGCUGCUGGCCCCGCGCGCCUCCGUGCCCUCGGUGCAGAUCCAGGGCCAGAGAAUCAUCCAGCAGGGCCUGAUCCGCGUGGCCAACGUGCCCAGCGCCAGCCUGCUCGUCAACAUCCCCCAGGCGUCCCCCACGUCCCUGAAGGGCUCGGCCGUGGCCUCGGGCCAGGCUGGCAGUGUCCCCGCGGGGGCCCCGGCGCUGGGCGGCGCGGGCGAGGCCCCGGGCAGCCGCCAGGCCGCGGCCAAGCUGGCGCUGCGCAAGCAGCUGGAGAAGACGCUGCUCGAGAUCCCCCCGCCCAAGCCGCCCGCGCCCGAGAUGAAUUUCCUGCCCAGCGCCGCCAACAACGAGUUCAUCUACCUGGUGGGGCUGGAGGAGGUGGUGCAGAACCUGCUGGAGAGCCAAGGGAAGGUGGCGGUGGCCGUGUCCUGCCGCGAGCCCUACCUGUGUGCCCAGUGCCACACGGACUUCACGUGCCGCUGGCGGGAGGAGAAGAACGGCACCAUCAUGUGCGAGACCUGCAUGGCCUCCAACCAGAAGAAGGCCCUGAAGGCCGAGCACACGAACCGGCUCAAGGCCGCCUUCGUCAAGGCCCUGCAGCAGGAGCAGGAGAUCGAGCAGAGGAUCCUGCAGCAAACGGCUCCUCCUGGGCAGCCCAAGGCCGAGCCCGUGGGGCAGCACCACGCGCUCAAGCAGAGCUCCAGCCAGAUGUCCCGAGGUGCUGGCGCUUCCCGAGGGGUCCUGCACGCCUUCAGCCCCUCUCCCAAAAUUCAGAGCUCCUCUUCCAGCGCUGCCCUCGGCAGCCGGCCCGGAAAGCACGCCGAGAGGUCGGGCAGCAAGGGCAGCACAGGAGCCUGGAAGAAAAAUCCCAUCAACACAGGUGGGGCCCUGCCCUUCGUCAGCCCCGCUCUGGCCGUGCACAAAUCGGCCUCGGCCGUGGACCGGCAGCGCGAGUAUCUGCUGGAUAUGAUCCCGCCCCGCUCCAUCCCACAGUCGGCCACGUGGAAAUGAUUCCCCAGGGACAGCUUGGCCAGGCUCUGCCAUCCUUUCUAUUUCUAUUUUUAUUUUUAUUUUUUUGUUGGUUUGGUUUUUUUUUCUACCACAAUUCCGUGGAAUCUGCUUUAAAUCCCAGCUGGAGAACGCCCCGAGGCUCUUCUAGGAUGCGACACCACCACUCCUCAUCCGUCCCCGUCACCGCGGCCUCCGUCGGCUCCCAGAUUUUUCAUGGAAGCUGGCAGGGGGAAAU